AUGGUAAUCCUCGAGGAUUAUCAUUGUCAGGGCCCUAAUCAGCCCAGUAACUUCACUCAUGGAAAAGAAUAUCUUCAAGAUAAGCAGUUGGAGUCAGACAUCACAUUUCAUGUUGGAAAGCAAGAAGCUGAGCUUGCUUUGACGGUCAAUAAUGUAGUUUUCAAUAGGGAUCUGUAUCAGCUAAAAGGUUUAAUUCGCGCUAGAGCUGAUCCCAACAAGACAGAUUAUGAUGGACGGUCACCUUUGCAUCUUGCAGCAUCUAGAGGAUAUGAAGAUAUCACACUUUUCCUUAUGCAAGAACAUGUAGAUGUCAAUAUUAAAGAUAACUUCGGGAACACACCUUUACUUGAAGCAAUUAAGAAUGGACAUGAUCGGUUGUUUCGAGGUCUGGAUUUAAGGUCCCAACACCUUGAGGACAAGGUGUUUUUGGAUGGGCAUAGGAAUGUUAUGAAUCAGCCCAAGGUGGAGCAAUUCAGCACAGAACAAUCCAACACAGAAGAAGAAAUAGCAGCAAACAAGGUGGAGACAGGCACUAACCUCAAGAUCAAAAUGAAAAUAUGCAGGCCGCACUACCUGAAGGAUUUUGUGACCAAUGCAAUCCUAAAUGCUGAGCUGGUUGCUUCUCAUUGGGUGAAGGAGAUUCCUCUGUCGGCUAGGAUCUCUUCUCCAUUGCCAUUCUUUUAUUUUCUUUCGUGCUCCUUAGGUCAUGGAGAGGAAAUAGAAUAA